UUUGGUCGGCGAGCGCGAAGCUGUGGCAGCUGCGGCAUGUGUAGAGGCAAGCAGUGGAGAUCUGCUCCAAGUGGCUUAUUUUUGCAGGAACAUUCCAUGGCCAGGAGUUCUAAUUCACUUCCUUAACUGAGCUGCGCUGCGUGGCUGGAGUGAACAUUCAAUAAUGAGUGGUGCCGCUUUGGGCCUUGAGAUAGUAUUUGUCUUUUUCCUGGCUUUAUUCCURCUUCAUCGAUAUGGAGACUUCAAGAAACAGCAUAGGCUGGUGAUCAUAGGAACCUUGUUGGCCUGGUACCUCUGCUUCCUUAUUGUGUUUAUACUGCCUCUGGAUGUUAGCACGACUAUAUAUAAUCGCUGCAAACUUGCUGUUAACUCCAGCCCUCCAGAAAAUAAUGGCUCCUACGUUACGCUUGCUCCAAGCAAGCCAAAGUGUUUCAAACCAUGGAGUUACAUUCCUAAUGGGAUUAUGCCAAUUUUCUGGCGUGUUGUAUAUUGGACWUCACAGUUUUUAACAUGGAUUCUGUUACCCUUCAUGCAGUCGUAUGCGAGAUCAGGAGGGUUCUCCAUUACUGGGAAGAUUAAAACUGCGUUGAUCGAGAAUGCAAUCUAUUAUGGCACUUACUUGCUGAUUUUUGGAGCUUUUUUAAUUUAUGUGGCUGUAAACCCAAACUUCAAUUUGCAAUGGAACCAACUUCAGACUAUUGGGAUAGCAGCAGCAAACACUUGGGGUCUCUUUCUUCUUGUGUUGCUUCUGGGUUAUGGUUUGGUGGAAAUUCCCCGUUCUCACUGGAAUGGGGCCAAACGGGGUUAUCUUCUCAUGAAGACCUAUUUCAAAGCUGCCAAACUGAUGACCGAAAAAGCAGAUGCAGAAGAGAAUUUAGAGGAUAUUAUGGAGGAGGUUCGUAAAGUAAAUGAAAGUAUCAAGUAUAAUCACCCUUUGCGAAAAUGUGUUGAUACAAUAUUGAAAAAGUGUCCUACAGAGUACCAGGAAAGAAUGGGUAGGAACAUGGAUGAUUAUGAAGAUUUUGAUGAAAGACAGAACAGUUAUCCGAGUGAAAAAAGUUUGGUCAAACUUCACAAGCAGGUAAUUUAUUCAGUACAGAGACAUCGUCGCACACAAGUCCAGUGGCAAAUUCUCUUAGAACAAGCCUUUUAUUUGGAAGACGUGGCAAAAAAUGAAACCAGUGCAAGUCGGCAGUUUGUUCAUACUUUUCAAUCUCAGGAAUCAGAGAAUAAAUUUUUUCAGUAUUUCUACACACCAACAGUUGAAUGGUACUGGGAAUGUCUUCUACGACCAUGGUUUUACAGGGUUCUUGCUGUUGUUUUGGCCACGUUCUCUGUGAUUGUUGUGUGGUCGGAGUGCACUUUUUUCAGCACAAAACCCGUUYUAUCCUUAUUUGCAGUUUUCAUACAACUGGCAGAAAAAACAUACAAUUACAUAUACAUAGAGAUGGCCUGUUUUCUUACCAUCUUCUUCGUAAGUAUCUGUGUUUACUCUACUGUAUUCAGGAUCCGCGUAUUUAACUAUUAUUACUUAGCUUCACAUCAUCAGACAGAUGCAUACAGUCUCCUUUUCAGUGGAAUGUUAUUUUGCCGUCUUACUCCACCUUUAUGUUUGAAUUUUUUGGGCUUGACUCAUAUGGAUGCAACAAUUUCUCAUAAACACACUCAGCCAACUGCUUACACAUCRAUAAUGGGAUCUAUGAGAGUGCUGUCCUUCAUUGCAGAUGGAUUUUAUAUAUAUUAUCCCAUGCUUGUUGUCAUUCUCUGUAUUGCCACAUACUUCAGUUUAGGAACCCGUUGUUUGAAUCUUCUGGGGUUCCAGCAGUUCAUGGGGGACAGUGAAAUGACAUCUGAUUUGAUUGAUGAAGGAAAAGAACUGAUCAGAAGAGAGAAAAGGAAACGGCAAAGACAGGAGGAAGGGGAAAAUCGAAGAAGGGAAUGGAAAGAGCGAUAUGGAAACAGAGAAGAUUCCACUAGAAGCAGAGCUGUCCACACAGACCAAAAAGAGUCCAGCUUCUCCGAAACGAACACAAAUAGGCCGCUAUCAAAGUACACCCGAUCAAAUGGUAGGACUGAGAGAGACAGAAUAGAACUGCUGCAGGAUGCGGAACCUUUGGAUUUUAAUGCAGACUCAGUUAACGAUGAUCCUCUUGAAUCAGAGUCCGGAAGGUACCAGCCUGGUGGAAGAUACUUGUCAAUGUCUCGAAGCAGAAUAUUUGAUGAUGUCUAAACUCCUUAAAACUAAAGAAAAUUCUAUAGAAAUCCUUCCUACUCAUUGAUUGGAAAAUACUGUAUUUGUGAUGUAUCGCAGAACUGGAAAAGAUCAUUUCCAUUUAAAGAGAGAAUAUGAAGGAACAACUACGUUUCUGGACAUGCRCCUGUAUGAUAACUCUACCACCCGUGUGAAGACUGUGCCCUUUCUAUUGUAGAUACUGCUGUGCAUCAGUGUGGGCUUUUGUGUCAUGACCAAAAGAAGAAAACUAAUUAAUUAAAUUACUACAGAAUAAGCUGGUAAAUGUACAUAAGGCUCAACUUGAAUUGUAACAUAUAAGUUUUGGGAAGAGGGUGUUUUGAAAGGUGUUUUUUCUGAACAGUCAGAGAACAUCUUAAUGCAGCCAAGGUGUGCAGUUAUAUAAUUUAUUAUAGUAAACACUUUCUAAUUUUUUUCUAUUUGAACUUUAUACCUAGUCCAGAAUCUAGUGAAUUACGUCGGGCUUCAACAGCCUUUGAAUCAGAUCUUUUAUAACCAGAAAAUUGGAGUGACUGGCUGUUCUUCAUAAAAUAGGCUGGCAUGUAUUUUGGAGCCAUGUGUAUUGGUCAUGAAAGGUCAUCUCCCUCUUCCAAUGCUAUAUGCAAUUGAAUGGCUUUAGCGUGUGUAAAUAAUUGAAUAUGGACCUAAAUUUCACUAUCUCAGUCAUGUGAGCAUAAGUGCAAUAGCAAGAGCACGUUAUCCAAGAUAAGAUGCCUGCUUACGUUUUUUACAGGUAAAAAAGUUGAAAAUCUUAGCACAUUAAUGGUUUUGUAGCUGUAAAAAAAAAAAGUAAUGUGAAAAUUGAACUACAUACUGAAACUUUACAGUUUGCACUUGUUUCAGGCACAAUUUAAAGUUUUAGAGUGUUUCUUUAGAAGAAGGGAGCUAUACAGCAUGACUGGAUCUGUAAACACUUCUGAUGUCCCAGCUGCCCUGGUUGCAUUAYGUUAUCUAUCUCUAAGGUGCCUGUAUCUUACACUAAGCUGUUGCAGAAAAGAUUAAAUGCUUAUUCAUUUAAAUGCCAUUCCAAAAUGCCAAUUACUAGCUGUAUAAAAUAUUUUAAAUUAAUUUGUGGUGUAGGUGUAUUUUUAAACUGCAGUUAGCUGAAUGAAUUUUCUAAUUUAAUCGUAAGGUAAAAGAUGUAGUCACACUCAUGAUAUCUUGGGAAACUGGAUUAACUAAAAAUGUUGUUUUAUUGCAGUUUGUCAUAUGUUUUUCCCACUUGAGAGUGUUCUUACKUGCUUUUUGCAAAGUGAUGGAGACUGAAAUAUAGAGGUAGUUUCUAUCGUAAACUCUUGGAAGUUUAUCAUGCUUCAAMAGCCUAACAGUCGUGCUCAUCAUGCUUAAAAGACAGGCAGCCCUUAAAGCAGCUGGGAAUCGGUUAUUCUGAAAAUUUUCAUGAGUUAAAUCUUCUACUAAUUCUUAAAAGAAAUCUUUUUUUUUUUUUUAAUUUUAAUGAAAUUCUACCUACCUCCUCUGAUUUAGUACAUUAGUGGUAGCACUGAAUUGUUACCAUGAAGAGGAAAAUAGUCUGCUUGUGUUGAAGUAAUUGCAUUAAUAAAUGGGCAGACAUUAAAUAAGGGUCAGUUCAGCACUUAGGUAAAUGCAGUGAAUGGCAGUGACGUCCACGUUUGGCCAAGCAUGUACAAUUUCCAAAAUACAUGUUAAGAGAUAUUUUGAUUUCAUCACAGUCUUCUUGCUGCAUCAGGGACUGGAAGCUGAGAAAAUGGGAGACACUUUUAUGCAGUCUGUUCUUUUGCAAUGUUAACACUUUUAUAUUAGAUGUAUUUAGAGAAAAAAAAGUAUAAAUUCAGCAUUAACUGAAUAGGGUUGCUCGGUUUAUGUAUGUUCUUGAACACCAUGUGAAUGUACCUAGACUUGGUAUUUCUAUUUUUAAAAUUACAGUUACAAAAUAAGUUGCAAAGUCUUCAUUUAACACCUGAAAUGUCACCAUAGAGGGAUCUAAUUCAGUGCUAAUAGACCAUCACAGAAGGAAUGUUUGUGGUUUUUUUUUUUUUUUUCCUGAACAUUUGUCAGGUGUCUUACCUAGCUGCUGUUGACCCCAGAGAGGUGGAUGAAGCCUUAACGGGGCCUGAGUUCUGCUCUCAGAAGUGAGUGAAAUGGUUGCUAACAGAAAUUUCAAUGCAAACUUGGUUAGGACUUUUUUUUUUGUGCAAAAAUUAGCUCAUCCCCAGUGUAAACCCUCUGUAUAAUUUUCAUCAAAUCACAGUAUGAAGAGUGGAGAGUGUAAAUGAACAGCAAUGGAAGUUCAGUUGUUGAUACAGAAAGGUGGGAAUCUCCUGGUCUUUUCAGAUGUUGCAGUAUAGUAGCCAAGUAACCUGUGGCUCCUUUUGGAAAGCACAGGGAGCAGAGCCCAUGGACUCUCUCCCAGGAGGUUUCCCCUGGGGAGAACUGGGAGUUCCCACCUGUUCCCUGGAUACUGGAGUUUAGCUGAGGAGUUGAUAGCGAAGCCAGGCUUCUACCUAUAUUGUUCAGUGCUGCCCAGCAGUUAUUCUUGCUCUAAUUCAGUGCAUUUUAGUAAGCUGAUCAAUUUGAAGUGUUUAAAAGUAAUUGUGAUUUCCUACAAAUAAAAAGUCAGAUUUUUUUUCAARAAAGAGGGAAAAUCUAUAAAAGAACACUGGAUAAAUAAGGGUGGGGGUUUUUUUACUUUUUUUUUUUUCUUUUUCCUGCUUAGAUAAAUAGUAGAGAACUUGCUUGGAGGGUGAGUGCCUGGAGAUUCACCCACUUCAUGGCUGGAUUGUGAUACCUCUUGCUCAGUUCUUUGCUGCUGUAGCUAUACUCUUAACAGUACCUCAGCUUAAAAGAAUUUAACAUUAGCUCUGAUGUGUUUAAGCAGARACUGCACUAUAAAAUAAUGAUGUUCUUGCAACAUAUUUGAUGCUCCAGAUUAGGUAAAAUAUUUGCCUUGCACAUGUGCUCUUGGAAAUUGAAUGUUAGUGUAUUUAUUCUGCCAGAAUAUGGUCRUAUUUAUUUAUAAUUGGUGACACAUAUCUCUAAUGUUACUUCUGAACAGUUCAGGUGUACUUCCAUUUCAUCAUUGUUAUCACGCUCUUUCCUAUUAAACUGUGAACACAAAAAUAAAUACAAAUAAAAAGCUUAGUACAAAGUUUGAAUAUCCUAUCAAGUAUUUAAACCAGUGCAAAGAAUCCAAGCAAAUUGUAACGAACUUUGGAAGGUGAGAGUGAAAAUGGUACAUGCAGAGUGGGCUGCUUAUUACUGGGUAGCCCAAGCUCUAGUCAAACRUAACAGAAACUUAAGUUCUUGCUAGCUUUGGAUUUCAGUUCUGUGUUUUCAGGCAUUUAAAGUAUAAUAUAUUCCAAAAUCUUCAUGGGAAAUGAGUUGUCUGCACUUUGUGAGGUGCAGCUGUAGCAGAGAAGUAAACUGAGG